CGGAGAAUCCCUUAUCUUCUCCCAGUCGCUCUUUCCCCUCCCCGCUUUAAUUCCCGUCGACCCCAGUUCGUCCAGCCGGAGGAUGAUCAGAGUGUUUAAGGUGUUAUCGGUACAAGAUAGUUCACGAUGAGUCUUGCAAAGGUAUUGCUGAUGUCGCUUGGCGACAGCGGCAUCAACGACCUCAGCGCCCACGGUGACAUGCUACGACGCCGCGCCUUCACUAAGGAAGGGGAGCCCGUCAUGGAUAUCGACCCACUUCCUUACAGUCAUCAUCAGGGCCUCAUCGCCGUCUCGGUGAUGGCCAUUCUAUCCUUCUUAGCGUCCAUCAUCCUCAUUGGGUUCGUCACUUAUCGAAUGCUGUUCUGGCGCUCCAAUUACGCUCGGUACAUCGGCUACAAUCAGUAUAUCGUUCUUAUCUACAACCUUGUCUUGGCCGAUCUUCAGCAGUCCUUGGCCUUCUUGAUUUGUAUAAAAUGGAUCGCAGAGGACAAGAUCGAAGCGGAUACGGCAGCAUGUUUUUUGCAGGGUCUCUGGCUGCAAAUUGGAGACCCGGCAAGUGGUCUUUUCGUGCUUGCCAUCGCUAUCCACACCUUUCUUCUCGUGGCCAUGGGCCGGAAAUUGAGUCACCGUGUUUUCGUGACAGGAGUCGUCGGUAUUUGGGCCUUUAUUGCUAUUCUGGUUAUCGUUCCAUUGGCCGUUCAUGGCCGAUAUGUUCUGAUUCCGUCGGGUGCUUGGUGCUGGAUCAGUGAAAAAUACGAAAAUAUGCGUCUAGCAACACAUUAUACCUGGAUUUUCCUUGCUGAAUUCGGUACCGUUGUCCUCUACGCCAUUAUGUGGUUCCAGCUCCGCCGAAGAAUCGCCCAGUCAGCUAUCUUGGGAAGCAGCCACACGGAGAGUCUGAAGCGCCUGCGUCGCGUUAUCGGAUACAUGGUUAUCUACCCGAUUGCGUAUAUCGUCCUGUCUCUUCCACUGGCCGCCGGACGUAUGGCCACGGCGCAAGGUACCACACCGAACGUGGUCUACUUCUGUGUUGCUGGUGCUAUGAUCACCAGCUCUGGUUUUGUUGAUGUCCUCCUGUACACCCUGACUCGUCGCAACCUGAUCAUCGAAUCCGAACCCAGCCACGACCGCAGUUACGGCAAGUUCGCAAGCAGCAAGGGCCGCAAGACGGAAAACCACUUGACGACCAUUACUGCCGACCCCAAGCGCCUCGAUGCCAGCCAAAUGGGCACUCGGAUAUACCACGAAGAUCCAGAUCACACUGUCCGCGAUGGGUCGACCGACAACAUCGUGCAGCCCCAAGGCAUGGAAUUGACCCCCAUUGGCAAGGUGUACCAGCAGACUACGAUCGAGGUUACCUCGGAACCAGCAUACCCAUCGGGCGCUACUAGCGACCAUUCUAGCAAGGAUUCCAUGGAGCAUCAACAUCAAGAUGGACUUCACGAGCCUUCAUCCCGGAUGUGGGGAAGAUGAGCUGCCUUCAUUCAUUAUCACCGCCUUGCAUUUUAUGGCUGGGAUACUGGUAUGUCAUUUUUGGAUUUUACGCCGACGCGGUUACGUUCUCUUCAUACCCCUUCUCUGUAUAUUUCACAAUACAUAUUUCUUAAUGUCUCCGUCCUUCCCUUGGUCAUGAUAUUGACAUCAUUGCCAUUCCCUUCUCAUUUUCCUUUCCUGUGACUUCUUACUCCCUCUUUCCACCUUUGUUU